GUUUGUAUCUUCUAUCUGGUACUACGUGGACUUGAUACCAUUGAAGAUGAUAUGUCAAUCCCCAUUACGAAGAAAGAACCUUUGUUAAGAAAUUUUCAUGAAAUAAUUUAUAAGAAGGGAUGGACUUUUAACGAAAGCGGUCCUGAUGAAAAAGAUCGUCAAUUGCUCGUAGAAUUCUCUAUUAUAAUUGAAGAAUUCUUGAAUUUAGAAAAAAAAUUUCAAAAGGUUAUUGUAGAAAUUACAAAUAAGAUGGGAAAUGGUAUGGCAGAUUAUGCAAAAAAUGCGUCACAUCAAGAAUAUGGAAUUUUGACGAAUGAAGAUUAUGAUUUAUAUUGUCACUAUGUUGCUGGCUUGGUUGGAAAUGGUUUAAGUUGUAUAUUUAGUGCUAGUGGAUUGGAGAAAUCUGAGUUAGCCAAAAUUACCGAAAUUUCGAAUUCGAUGGGAUUAUUUUUACAAAAAACGAAUAUCAUAAGGGAUUAUUCUGAAGAUUUAUCUGAUAAUCGUAGAUUUUGGCCAAAAGAAAUUUGGUCAGAAUACGUUGAUGAUUUGGCAGACCUUAAAAAACCAGGAUAUGAAAUUAAAGCAAUUAAUUGUUUAUCAACAAUGGUAUUAAACGCAUUACAACAUAUCCCUGAUUGUUUAACUUAUUUAAAUAAAUUACAAAAUGAAAGUAUCUUUAGAUUUUGUGCCAUUCCUCAGGUAAUGGCUAUCGCUACUUUAACUUUAUUAUUUAAGAAUCAUAAUGUCUACAAUUCUAUCGUUAAAAUUCGUAAAGGUGAAACUAUUAAGUUGAUCUUGAAAUGCACAAAUAUUUAUGAGGUCGCAAAUGUCUUUCGUUAUUAUACAAGAGUUAUUAUUAAAAAGAAUGACCCUAAAGAUCCAAACUUCAUGAAAAUUA